AUGGAGAAAAAAAGCGAGGUAGUCUUCUCGUCCAGCUCAGUAUACGACAACUCGGACUAUAAUGAGAAAGUGCAAAGCAACGUUGACAUCAAUCCUGCGUUUGUUGUUGAUCGCGAGCGUAUCCUUGAGCGCUUGGUCUCGUCGGGCGAUGCUGAGGAUAUCAUUGGCGAAGGAGGAGAGAGCUAUAUAUUCGACGCUGUUGCUACAAUGACUUUGGAGGAAGCAAAGCAAAUCAUCACCGACUCCGUGGAAUUACAUGACAACGACUACAACUUCCCUGAAGAGACUUUGGACAAAAUGAAACUCCUCCUUCAGGGUCCCAUGGCGUAUGGACUUGGCGAAGAAGCUUAUGAGAUUGAUAUUCGAUUGGAAGCGAGUCUUGUCAAAUAUCACUCGCCUUAUCCAGAGGUGCGAUCUUGUACCGCACCGUUUGACGAUCCCAGUAUUCCGGUCGAGACAAUCCGUUCUUAUUUUCUCGGUUUCUGUUGGGUCAUCGUCGGCGCGUUUGUCAACGAAACGCUAGGUGAACCCAGACAGCCUUCCAUCAACAUCUCGUCGACUGUUAUGCAGAUUCUUCUGUAUCCUUGCGGAAAGAUGGCCGAGCGCCUUCCUAACUGGAAAAUUCGUCUUUUUGGUAAGACGUACGAGUUGAACCCGGGACCCUGGUCGGCUAAGGAGCAAAUGUUUGCCACUAUUAUUUUGAAUGCUGGUGGUCACUACAGUAACUUGGUCAACUAUAUCAUGGUCGUUAAGCUCGAUAUCUUCUUUGGAAGCAACUGGGUCAACUUUGGAUUCAUGCUUCUCAUGAAUGCUUCCACUCAGCUUUUUGGUCUGGGAAUGGCUGGUGUGCUCAGAAGAUGGGUAAUCUAUCCCGUUAACGCCGUCUGGCCCACUAUCCUGCCAACUAUCAUGCUCAAUCAAGCUCUCCUUGGAAAGGAAAAGCAGCAGUCUAUUAAUGGAUGGACCAUGCCUAAGAUCAAGUUUUUCUAUAUCGUUCUUGUGGCUUCGUUUGUCUAUUUCUUCUUCCCGGAUUUUAUUUUCACUGCUCUUUCGACCUUCAAUUGGAUGACAUGGAUAUCGCCUCAGAAUCUGAAACUUGCAAUUAUCACUGGCUCUACCCUCGGUCUAGGAUUCAAUCCGAUCUCUACCUUUGAUUGGGCAGUGAUCAAGAAGAAUAAUCCACUCGUCCGACCUUUCUUUGCAGUCGCGAAUCAGUACAUCGGUGUGAUUAUCUCAGCUUUUGUCAUCUUGAUCAUGUAUUGGACCAACUACAAAGAUACUGCCUACUUGCCAAUCAAUACUUCAUCGACCUAUGACAACACCGGUGUGAAGUAUAACACUUCUCGGGUUAUUACCAAUGGUCGAUUCGAUAUUGAAAAGUAUAAGCAGUACUCACCUCCAUAUAUCACUGCUGGCCACUUGAUUCUUUACGGAGGUACAUAUGUGACGUACACAGUUUCGUUUGUGUUUACUUUCCUCACUGAGUGGAGAACUCUUAAAAUGUUUGUGAAGCACAGCUUCCGGAAAGACAUGUUCAGAAUUCCGCGAAGCUGGAAGGAGCUUGUGUCUGCGAACGAAGAGUCUGUGUAUGAGGGUUUCAACGAUCCUUUUACCCGCGAGAUGCGCAAGUAUCCCGAAGUUCCAGACUGGUGGUUUAUCAGUGUUUUGAUUAUUUCCUUCGUGUUUGGUAUUAUCGGUGUUGCGGUCUACCCUACUGAUACCCCGGUAUGGGCGGUCAUUGUGAUCAUUGCAGUGGGAAUUGCUCUCCUGAUCCCAACUUCUAUCAUCUACGCAGUCACUGGAUACAUGCUGGAAAUGAACGAGCUUGCGAGCUUGAUUUGCGGAUAUAUUAUCCCUGGAAAUGGCAUGGGUAAUGUCAUCUCUCGUCUAUAUGGAUAUAACACGGAUGCUCAGGCUGAGACGUUUAUCGGUGACAUCAAGAUGGCUCAUUACAUGAAGAUCCCCCCCAGAGCGGUCUUCAGAGGACAGGUCUUUGCAGUGAUUGUGCAGAUUUUUGUCACUAUUGCGGCCGUUUAUGUCGUGCUUGGACUACCAGAGGUUUGCACUUCUACCCAGGUCAACAAGUUCACUUGCCCGUACUCUCAGGGUAUCUACACAGCAGCUGUCUUGUACGGUAUCAUUGGACCUGACCGAGUUCUCAACGAUGUCUAUCCGGAGAUCAAGUACUGCUUUUUGAUCGGUGCCGGUCUCGGUGUUAUUGGAUGGGCAUUGCGGCGUUACUUCCCCAAGCAGAUGAAGUAUUUCCACCCUUGUAUCAUUGUCUCGGGCUUCACUAUCUGGGGUACUGGAUACAACGUCUCUUACUAUACUCCCGGAUUCAUCGUUGCUUGGGUUUUUAUGUGGUAUAUCAAGCGUCGCUACCUUGCGUGGUGGACAAAGUACAACUACAUUCUUGCUUCUGCGUUGACCGCUGGUGUCGCCUUUGCGGCAAUCGUCAUUUUUGCUGGCCUGCAGUACCAGCAAGUGAGUUUGACCUGGUGGGGAAACACGGUCUCAGAUGCUGGAAUUGACGGAACUGCGAAUGGAAGAUUGAAGGAGAUUCCUGCUGUCGGAUACUUUGGUAGAGCGGUGGGUGAGUUUUAG